AUGCCGGUUUUCUGCGGCAACUUCGAGUACGACGCCCAGGCGCGGGACAUCGAGAAGCUGUUCGACAAAUAUGGCCCGAUCGAACGGAUAGACAUGAAAACCGGUUUCGCCUUUGUGUACAUGGAAGACAAACGCGACGCAGACGAUGCCAUCCGUGCCCUUGACAGGAAGGAGUUUGGGUACAAGAGAAGAAGGCUGAGGGUGGAAUGGGCCAAGGCCGAUGGCUCGAUCAAAGCCAGGGAGGAUGUUCGUCGCAAGAAUGCGCAUCCCUCAGACACACUAUUUGUGGUGAACUUCGAUGUCCAUCAGACACGCGAACAGGACAUUGAGUACCACUUCGAGCCGUACGGUCGCCUUCUCCGUGUGCAGAUCAAACGGAACUAUGCCUUUGUGCAGUUUGAGACCGUAGAGCAGGCAGCAGAGGCCCUUAAGAGGACACAUGGCACAGAGAUGAUGGGCAGGCCCCUCACAGUGGAGUUCGUGGCGAAUGAGGAUCCGUACAUGAUGCGACGGUCACCACCGCGGAAGGGGAGGGAUCGUUCGUACUCGCCUGCCUACAAGCGUGGCAGAUCCCGUAGCCGAUCCCCAAGGAGGUCCCCAAGGCGGCGUUACAGAUCGAGGAGUCGCUCAUUUUCACGCUGA